UUUCUCUACCUGAACUAAUAUUCUACCCAAAUCUCCCUGUUGCAGGUUCCCUCUUCCUUUUGUCAGCAAACAAUUCACUCUCCCUUGGACCUGCUAUCUGUGUCCUGCAGAAACAUCACACUUAAGUUAUGGGAAGCGGCACCUCAACCCAACACCAUUUUGCUUUCCAGAAUGCAGAGAAAGCCUUCAGGGCAGCGGCCCUGAUCCAGAGGUGGUACCGGCGCUACGUGGCCCGCCUGGAGAUGAGGCGGCGCUGCACCUGGAGCAUCUUCCAGUCCAUCGAGUACGCCGGGCAGCAAGACCAGGUCAAGCUCCACAAUUUCUUCAGCUACCUUGUGGAUCACUUCACCCCCAGCAGUCACAACGAGAGGGACUUCCUGAACCGCGUGUUCACUGAGGAGCAAUCCCCCCAGGCCUCCGAAAUGCAGAACAGCGGUGACUAUGAAUCCAUCGAGGUACCGGACAGUUACACAGGGCCACGCCUCUCCUUCCCGCUCCUUCCUGACCAUGCAACUGCCCUGGUGGAAGCUUUCAGACGGAAACAAAGGCUCCAUGCUCGGUAUGUCUUGAAUCUUUUGCAUGAAGCCAGGAAACACCUGGUACAACUGCCGAACAUCAACCGGGUCUCCACUUGUUACAGCGAAGAAAUCACAGUGUGUGGAGAUUUACAUGGCCAGUUGGAUGACUUAAUAUUUAUAUUUUAUAAGAACGGCCUCCCAUCACCAGAGCGGGCCUAUGUGUUCAAUGGCGACUUUGUGGACCGAGGGAAGGAUUCAGUCGAGAUCCUAAUGGUUCUCUUUGCCUUCAUGUUGGUUUACCCAAAAGAGUUCCAUCUUAACCGAGGAAACCAUGAGGACCAUAUUGUGAACUUACGAUAUGGUUUUACCAAGGAAGUGAUGCAUAAAUAUAAGAUACAUGGCAAGAAAAUACUAAAACUGCUGCAAGAUGUGUUCUGCUGGCUUCCACUGGCCACUCUGGUUGAUGAGAAAGUCCUGAUUCUUCAUGGUGGAGUGUCAGACAGGACUGACUUGGAGCUCCUGGCUAAACUAGACAGGCACAAGAUUGUUUCCACCAUGAGAUACAAAACAAGAAAGAAUAAGAAACAGGCGGAGGAGAAGGGAAACGCCAACCAGACGGGAUCUGCCGGGAGACCCUCCCCGUGGUUUCUCCCCCAAAGCCGCUCUCUGCCCUCCUCGCCCCUCCGCCCCAGCACCCACAAGGCCCACAGAGCCGGGCGCUCCUCCAGCGUCCCCUGCGGCGUCCCCCUGGACCCCAAGGAGCUCUCCCGCCGGGUGCGGCACUCCGUGGACCUGGAGCUGGAGAGGUGCCGGCAGCAAGCGGGCUUCCCGGCGAUCAAGGAGAAGGAGGAGCCCUCGUCCUCGGAGUCAGAAGUGGACUCAGAUGCGGAGGAGCCGCCGCAACCCACGCCGGAGGAGUGGAGGCAGGUGGUGGAUAUACUGUGGAGUGACCCCAUGGCUCAGGAGGGCUGCAGGGCCAACACCGUUCGAGGAGGCGGCUGUUAUUUUGGGCCUAAUGUGACAGAGCAGUUGCUACAGAAGUACAACCUGCAGUUCCUGAUCCGCUCACACGAGUGCAAACCUGAAGGCUAUGAAUUCUGCCACAGUCGCAAGGUGUUAACCAUCUUCUCUGCCUCCAACUACUACGAAGUUGGCAGCAACAGAGGAGCCUAUGUCAAACUGGGGCCAGACUUGACCCCACACAUCAUGCAGUUUCAAGCUAACAAGGCAACCCACACGCUUACCAUGAGGCAAAGGAUUAGCAGAGUGGAGGAGUCAGCUCUGAGAGCCCUACGGGAGAAGUUAUUUGCCCAUUCCUCAGAUAUUCUUGUUGAAUUUAAGAAGCAUGAUAAAGAUGAAACUGGUCUAAUCACCCUGAGCGACUGGGCUGCAGCCGUGGAGUCUGUGCUGCACCUGGGACUGCCCUGGCGGAUGCUGAGGCCACAGCUGGUGAGCAGCUUGACGGAUAACAAGCUGGCAUACAAGUCCUGGCUGGAGAACUUGGCCAAAGAAAAACUGAGCCAACAGAACAUACAGUCGAGUUUGCUGGAAACACUGUAUCGCAACCGGUCCAACCUGGAGACCAUUUUUAGGAUCAUAGACAGUGAUCACUCAGGGUCCAUCUCACUGGACGAGUUCAGGCAUACUUGGAAGCUAUUCAGCUCUCAUAUGAACAUUGACAUCACAGACAACUGCAUCUGUGACCUUGCCCGGAGCAUUGACUUCAACAAGGAUGGCCACAUUGACAUCAAUGAAUUCCUGGAGGCCUUCCGCCUUGUGGAGCAGUCCUGCUCAGGGGGUGAUGUCUCAGAUUGCCCACAAGUCACAAACAGUAGUAACAGUGACUGCAGCAGCCCAGGUGCACACUAAGGCCAGCUUUGUCCUCAUCGUCCAAGGUGCCUCAGAAGCAAUGCCGAGCUUGUUGCUGGAAUGUCUCCCUUAUUCUCCAUAAGUUCAUGGAACUUUAUGCUGAGAAUCUGCCUACCAGUAUGCAACAGAAUCACCUGUGUAUUCAGGUGAAUUCUACCAAAGAACUUUUUACCAAUCUUUCUCAAACUUUUCCAAAAGACUGAAGAGGGAACACUCCUAAAGAUUAUUCUAUGAAACCACCAUCACCCUGAUACCAA